AUUUCUUUCUUCGCAAGUUCAUGGAAAUUACUUAAUUGAUUGGAAAAUGGUCGUUACCAGAUUCUUUCCUCUAUAUCUAGGCUAUACAUAUAUUUCUUCAUAUUCAUACUAGCUAGUUGUUAGUUCUUGCUGCAGACGAACUCAUCACUAAGAUAUAUAUCAAUCCAUACUAAGCUACUAACAACCGAUGAAGAAGCAAGAGCAAACAUAACACAAAAUCAGAGUGUAUUUUGUUACUUAUCACUCUUUGUCAAUUAAGCUAAUGGCGGAGAGGUUGCCAAUUAUUUUCCUCAUUGCUUCAUUCUUGUUCGUAUCGGGAGUGUUGUCGGAGAGUAUCCUCACCAUAGAGAACAAAUGCAAUCACACAGUUUGGCCAGUGAUCUUCUCAUGGGAAUCACAGCUCUCCACCACAGGCUUCGCUCUCAGAACAGGCGAGGCUCGUGCACUACAGGCGCCGUCUUCAUGGUACGGUCUCAUCUCUGGUAGGACGCUCUGCUCAAACGACUUAAGUGGAAACUUCUCGUGCGCCACGGGAGACUGCGAAUCCGGCAAGGUCGAGUGCUCCAAAUCAUCAUACAGUUGGGCUGCGGUGACUUAUCUCUACUUUAGAAUCGAUUACGGCGGAACCAACAGCUACUUCAUCAGCCUCGAGUACGGUUACAACCUUCCGAUAACGGUGGUCCCGUCACAGACUAGCCCGACAUGUUUUAGCUCGGGUUGUAUGGUCGACUUGAACAACACGUGUCCUGAUAAUCUUAAGACAUACGAAGGGGGAAAUCCAAUCGCAUGCGGUAGCGCAUGCCGAGGCGCCAAAACACACGAGAAUUGUUGCACACGUUACUUCAAGUCGAAGCAAAACUGCAAGCCGACACAAUACUCACAGAACUUCGAGAGAGCUUGCCCGCUCGCUUAUAGCUACCCGUACAGCGACAAUAACAGCACCUCCACAUGCACAAACUCGACUGACUACGUCAUCACGUUUUGCCCUUCAUCCAUUCCUAGCACCACCAGGUCAUUUCCCUUACAUUAUACAUACACAACUCAGUCUCACGGAUUCAAAUUUCAAUUUUAUAAUUCUCCACGGAAGUUAAUAUUCAUACUUGGUACGAGGCUCAGCAGCUUUAGGUGUAAUAAUCAUGACUGUUGCGAUUGCGGUAGUUGUGAGAGCAAAGAAUGCGAAAAGAAAUAGUGAUUCGAACAUUGAAGCGGCUGUGAUGUUGAAACGAUAUAGUUAUGAAAACGUCAGGAAGAUGACAAACUCGUUUGCUCGUGUUCUUGGGAAAGGAGGAUUUGGAACAGUUUAUAAAGGAAAACUACCCGAUGCCAGUGGCCGAGACAUUGCACUGAAGAUCUUGGAUAAGUCAAAAGGGGAUGGAGAAGAUUUCAUCAAUGAACUAGUUAGCAUGAGUAGAGCAUCUCAUGUUAAUAUCGUUUCUCUGUUUGGAUUCUGCUAUGAAGGAAGCAAGAGAGCUAUCAUUUAUGAAUUCAUGCCUAAUGGAUCACUUGACAAGUUUAUAUCCGAGACUAUGUCAACAAGGAAGAUAGAUCGUAAAACUUUGUUCGACAUUGCAGUAGGUAUUGCUCGCGGGUUAGAGUACUUGCACAAUAGCUGUGCGUCGAAGAUUGUGCAUUUCGAUAUAAAGCCACAGAAUAUACUCAUGGACGAAGAUUUUUGCCCCAAGAUUUCGGAUUUCGGUCUUGCUAAGCUUUGCAAGAACAAAGAGAGUGUCAUAUCGAUGUUAGAUGCGAGAGGGACAAUAGGGUACAUUGCUCCUGAAGUGUAUUCCAAGAACUAUGGAGGAGUUUCGCAUAAGUCGGAUGUGUAUAGCUAUGGAAUGGUGAUUCUUGAAAUGAUCGGGGCAACAAAAAGAGAGAGAGCUGAAACUUCUACGUCGAAUAUAAGUACAACAAUGUACUUUCCAGAUUGGAUCUAUGAGGAUCUCGAGAGGAACGAAACAAUGAGACUGUUAGGAGAUCAUGUAAUCGAAGAAGAAGAGAAGAUAGUGAAGAAAAUGACAUUAGUGGGUUUGUCGUGCAUUCAGACCAAUCCAUCUGAUCGUCCACCAAUGAGAAAAGUCGUCCAAAUGUUAGAGGGAAGUGUAGAAGCUCUGCAGAUUCCACCUAAGCAUCUCUUGGCUUUACAUGCGGUUUCUGCUUGGGAUAAUGUUGAAAGCAGUAGUCAAGAGACUUCUAGUCUCCCGACUUUAAGCUUGUUAGAGAGCAGAGCACUUUAAGAUAUUUUAAGCUUUUCUUUGUCAUACUAUUGUAUUUUUUGAAGUUAAAAUCAUAGCUUUUGUCUUGACCAAAAAAAAAAAAAAAA